AUGGCGGUGGCUAGGAAGGCACCACGGGCCCUGUGCCCGAUGAUGCUGAUGGUGUUGGCACCCUGGACCCACGCCAUCGUCGUCACACACGACGCCUCGAAGGUUCAAGCCAUCACCAACGUGACUUCCACAUACAGUGGGCCUCACACGGGGCGAUGCCUGGGCGAGCAUACCUCGUGGCCUGUGGGCGGCGCAGGUCAAGCGUUCACUUCAGCGCUCAGGGAAGCAGCAGAAUCAUGGUGCAACUCCCGCAGCGAUUGCCACGGCUUCAUGCACUACGAUAUCUCCGUCAGCUACUCUGUGAGCCCAAGCUACUGCUGCCACUCGGGCGCGUGCAAUGACUGGUGCGGGAGGCCGCAGUUCUGUAUGACAGCCACGGAAGCCAGCCAGGUUACGCCAAAUAAUGGCUGGGUGUCGUACUUGAAGCCAGGCUUGACGGAGGCUCCGACUCCGUCCCCCACGCCGUCCCCCACGCCGUCCCCCACGCCGUCCCCCACGCCGUCCCCCACGCCGUCCCCCACGCCGUCCUCCACGAGCGGCGCGGCGGCUGCUAUUGGUGAUCCCCACCUUCAAAAUAUCUACGGCGAGCGGUAUGACUUGAUGAAGGUCGGCCAGCACGUGUUGAUACAGGUCCCUCGCGGGCAGGGCCCUGAGCACGCGCUGCUUCGCGUGGUGGCCGAGGCGCGCCGGUUGGGCGAACACUGUGCGGAUAUCUACUUCCAGAAGAUAAACAUCACAGGGUCUUGGGCGCUGGCAAGCAGGAGAGGAGGGUACCAGUACGUGUCGGGCACUGUCGCUGACGAGACUCCAGAAUGGCUUACUCUCGGUAAGGUAAUGGUGAAAGUCGUGCAUGGACGCACGCAAAGUGGCACUGACUACUUGAACAUUUACGCCAAACAUCUGGGGCGAGCAGGGCGUCCUGUGGGAGGCCUGCUCGGGGGGGACGACCACAGCGACGAAGCCACGCCUCCGGCGGAAUGUGAGCAUCUUAUUGGUCUUCGUUCCGAGGCCCGUGGCGUGUCUAUCCAGAGUUCGUCCACACCAUCGAUAGGGUUCGCAACGCUCGCUUGA